AUGUUACAUGUGCAUAGUCCCUGUGGCAGGGUGCAUAUGAAAUUCUCAUCUGCCGUAAUCUCGGCAUUUCUCUCCUUUGCCUAUGCUUCCGGAUGCCAGCAGAUUGCUGGCAACACCUACUGUAACGAGGUGUCCGAAGUCACCUACCAGAACAUUGGUUUCGCUGGUUCCUACAACGCCAUCACCGGCAUGGACUCCAGCUCUUGUACCUGUUCUUCCGCCGUCAAGGCCUUUUCUGGCCCUCUGGCCCCUCUGAACGAGGAGCUCUCCAUCUCCUUCCGAGGCCCCGUGUCUCUGAAGCAGUUUGCUGUCUACUACCCCAACAGCGGUAACGCCAAGCGUGAUGCUGUCGAGGAGGAGGACAAGGACUGCGGCGAGACCGCCAAGCGUGAGUUCCACGCCCACCACGCUCAUAAGCGAGGUGUUGUCACCGAGAUUGUGCAGGUCACCCAGGUUGUCUACGCUGACCAGAACGGUUUCGCCAUCCAGCCCUCCGACGCUCUCACCUAUGCCACCCAGACCGGUGCCCCCACCGCUGGCCCCUCUUAUGUUGGCCCCCCUCAGGGAUGGGAGUCUCUGUCUUCUCAGACCCAGUCUAUCCCCUCUUCCACCAUUGCCGUUCCCUCCAACGUGCCUUCUCAGGCUCCCGUUGGCAACUCUGACUGGAAGCGAUCUGCUUUCUACAGCUCUUCUUCUGGCCAGUCUGACGGUCUCACUUUCCUGAACCACCAGGGAGGAACCGCUGGUUCCGGUACUUGGGACUCUUGUUUCGGAAACUCCCUGUCCUUCUGCGGCACUGACGGAGUUUCCGGUGCCGGAUCUCCUCAGGUUCUUGGCGAUGUCACCAUCCCCUCCAACAAGGAGUUCCUGAUCAUGUCCGACAAGCAGUGCGGCGGCAACGACUGUGGCUACGUCCGAGAGGGCUCUCCUGCCUACCAUGGCUUUGGUGGAACCAACAAAAUCUUCCUUUUCGAGUUCUCCAUGCCCAAGGAUAACUCCCAGGGCUUCAACGCUGAUAUGCCCGCCAUCUGGAUGCUCAACGCCCAGAUUCCCCGAACUCUGCAGUACGGCCAGGCCUCUUGUUCGUGCUGGACCACCGGAUGUGGCGAGCUCGAUCUCUUUGAGGUUCUCAACUCCGGUAACGACAGACUCACCAACCACCUGCACACCUGGCAGGGAACCGGUACCCAGUAUGGCGGUGGAGGAUCUGCUGAUUACUUCACUCGACCCACUUCCGGUACCCUCAAGGCUGCUGUCAUCUUCUCCGGCGACAACUCUGAGAUCAAGAUUGUCCAGCUUGACGACUCGACCGACUUUGCUUCCGGUCUCAACGCCGAUCAGGUCCAGCAGUGGAUUGGAAAGCAGCAGGCUGCUGCCUUUGUCAAGAUCAACUCCUAA